AUGAAGUGCUUCAUCUUGGCUGCCCUGAUGCUGGCCACCCUGGCUAGCGGCGAGAACAUCUUCAAGAUUAACAUCACCCCCGAGGAGGCUCAACAGUUUCUGAACAGCGCCCAGCUGCGUGGCAUUGGCGACAUCGAGUAUGCCCCCAAGACCGGAGAGAAUCCUCUGCCGGAGGCCCGCAACGAGAAGGGCGAGUUCGUCUAUAUGGGCCGUGUGAUCGAGCAUCCCGAGGACUAUGUGGAGGAGCACUAUGAUGCCCAUCAGUACCACGGCCAGGACGGUCUGGGUCAGUUCGCCUACGGCUACAGGGACUGGAACCAGGGCAAGAACGAGAAGCGCGACGAGACCGGAAAGGUGACUGGCUCCUACAAGUAUGUCCAGCCACAUGGCCGCGACUUUAUUGCCAACUACUAUGCGGACAAGACCGGCUUCCAUGUGGAGGACAAUCGUCCGGCUCACCUGAAACAGCCCGCCACCAAGACCCCGGCCGUGCUCAAGGCCGAGGAGGAGCACUUCAGGCUGUGGGGCGAGCUGGCCGCCGCCGCUGGCCACAAUCCCGAUCCCUAUGCCGCCGAAUACCAGCAGGAGGGUCGCUACCAGCCCACCGAGCAGGAGCAACAGCCCUACGUGCACGAGGAGCCGCCAUAUGUCCCCGGACCCGAGGAGACCGGUGAGCCCAAGGGCUUCUUCUAUGCCUUCGACUACAAUGUGCCACUCCUCCGCAACAAGGAGGAGCGUGCCGAGCUGGAACGCCUGCGCGCCAUCAACAACAAGGAUGAGUAGGAUCCUUCGCCGGAAGGAUCUUGUACAGGAUGUUCUGUAGACAGUAGCCCUCAUCUAAGUAGCCCAAAAUAUUUAUUAAAUCACUCGCUAAAAAAAAUAAAUAUAAAUAACAGCUUCAAAAAUAUA